AUGGGUCUGACAGACUUGGAAACAAUACCUGAAACAGGGGCAGUAUUUACAAUCGGACGUAGUAGAUUCGCAGAUAAUGUUGCAUCUCAUUUUUUCAUACGCAGAGAUCCAGUAAUUUCCAUUUCUUGUGGAGACGAACAUUCUGCAGUUAUUUGCCAAAGCGGCAGACUCUUCGUUUUCGGAAGUAAUGAUUGGGGUCAACUUGGUUUGGGUCAUAAAAAUCAUAUUAGCAAACCAUCUUGCGUAAAAAUUUUGAAACCCGAGAAGGUAACACAUGUCGCAUGCGGACGAGCACACACGCUAAUUUGCACAGUAGCGGAAAAAAUUUUUGCCUGCGGCAGCGAUCAGGAAGGACAACUCGGUCGAGGAAUUUCCGCGAUAGGCGAUUCCGCGAGCACUCCCGUAUUGGUAUACGAUUCCGGGCCAACUGGAUCAAAGAUUGUUCAAAUAGUUGCGGGUUCUCAUCAUUCGCUCGCACUCACGAGUGAUGGUAACGUCUUCGCAUGGGGUAGCAAUCUCGAAGGUCAACUAGGACUUCCGGAUAUAUCUGGCUUAGUGAACAAACCGACGAAAGUACAUAUUCCGGAACCUGUGAAACAAAUUAAUACGGGCUACUAUCAUUCUACAUUUUUGACAGAAAAUGGUCUCGUUUACGUAUGCGGCGAAUCGGAAAGUGGGAAAUUAGGAAUUGAUAUCAAUUUUUCUACGCAAAUUAUGCCCAAACAAAUGCAAUUACCAAGCCCUGUUAUAUAUGUAGCGUGUGGUGGUCAUCAUACCCUCAUUCUAACAGAAAAUGAUAAUUUGUAUUGCACCGGAAGUAAUUCGAGCGGUCAACUCGGUUUAGGAACAAAUGUAACGGAACUUCAUACACCGAAACUUUUUCCACAAGGCGCGUUAAAAAAUGAAAAAAUUAGUCGUAUUUCAUGCGGAGAAAGUCACACUGCUAUUCUUACUGAAUCUGGAAAACUUUAUACAUGUGGUGACGGAAGACAUGGAAAAUUAGGUUUGGAAGAAAAUGAAAACAACGUCCACGAACUAACUUUUGUCCAAAGAUACAAAGAACUAUUCAUUUCAAACAUUUCAUGCGGUGGUUGUCAUACAAUCUUAAUUGGUCAGAGACGUGAAACAAAUCGUAUCCAAAAAGAAAUGGAUAACUCGCAAGUGGAACAUAUUCAGAAAAGAAAUGCAUUACCGCCAUUAAAAGUUCCAAUAAACAGACUACAAAAUGAGACUCGUGAUGAACAUACUAACGAAAUAAUUAACGAUCGAUUAAAUCUGAGAAAAAAUGUCACGGAAUCUGUAAUGAGUUCACAAGAAACGAUGGAAAUGGCCCAGCAAAAAAUUGAAGAAAAUAUAAAAUAUAUCGAAAAUGAUAUUACAAAUAACGUUAUACAUUCGACGAGCAAUAUUCAGAAAUCAGAGAGUCCUGAGAAUAAUUCCAAAAAUCUUGAAAAAUCUAUUAACGAUAUAUCGGAAGGGGAAUCAAACGAAGAGAAAAUUGAAAUAAUAUCGGAAAAAUUGUCGAUUGACUUGGAAGAAUCUAAAAAAUUGGAAAUAGAAAAUGAAAAUGAAGAAUCAAAAGACGACGAUAAAAAAUCAGAAAUAAGAAUAGAUAUUGAGAAGAACGUCAAUGAAAAAAAUGAUUCACAAUCGAUGAAUAGCGAUGAAAAUAAGAAAAAGAAGAAUGAUGAAACGAAUAUAAAUGAAGUUGCGACAAAAAAAAUAGAGUACGAUAAAGAAAUUAAUAAUGAAAAUAAAGAUGUAACGGAUAGUAUGCAAAUUAAUAGUGAAGAUUUCAAAUCAGAACCAAUGAAAUUGCAAAUGGAAUCGUAUAUUGAGAAUGAUAGCAAACAAGAGAUGAGUCCUGAGAAACAAAUAUCUUCUAUCUCAUCGGAUUUCACGUCACCGGCAAAACCAUCAAGAUUAAAAGUUGAAAGUGAAAAUUCUUAUAUCGAAAUAUCGUCGUCAAUGAAAAAUAAAAAUGAAGACGAUAAAAUAGAAAAUGAAACAAAUAUGGAAAAGGGUAUAAAUAAAAACUUAGAAAUGGUAGAAGAAAAUGAGCCAGGAAAAUCGGAAAGAGGAGGAAAAUGUUCGAUGAAAGAUACAAAUUCAGGAUUAAGAGUUGAUACAGAGAAGAUGAUAAAAAUUGACAAACAGAACGAAGAGAAGGAUAAGAUUAUCGAAGAGGAGAAAUUGAAGAUUGAUAAUGGUCAAGAUGACGCUGAUGUUAUACAAUCGCCAUCAUCGAGAAUAGGUAAAAUGGGAAAGAUAUUUAAAAGUAAAAAGUCGCAAGCAAUGGAAAAUGGUAGCAGAAUAAUUGGUACUGUGAAUCAAAAAUCUAAAUCAAAAACAUGUACUAUCCUGUGAUCAACAUAUUUUCAAAAAUGCAUCAUACUUUAUU